AUGUGCGGGGAUAUGGGAAAGGCUGUUUUGAGGGCGCUUACGGGAGCCCUCCUUUGUGGAUUGGUGUCAGAUGCUGCUUAUUUACAGAAAUACGAAGCAUAUCCUUUCCGGUAUGAGCAGGCGGUGUAUAAGAAGCCUUUGAGAGAACAUGAAAAGCCUCAGGACCUUAGCAACGUCCCUGGCGUUCCCGGAGUCGACUUUCCGAUAUACCACUCAGUCCCAGAGACCAGCUUUUCGUGUGCUCAUGUACCUAUCCAUCCUGGAAUGUAUGCCAACGUAGAAACUGGAUGUCAGGCAUACCACGUGUGUCACGACGGCCGCGAGGGUCACCAGGGAGCGUCCUUCCUUUGUACUAACGGGACACUUUUUGAUCAAACAAAAUUUUCUUGCGAUUGGUGGUACAAUGUCGACUGUUCUAAGGCUAUCGAACACUAUAAACUGAACGCGGAUCCUUUAAAGAAUCCAUAUGUGCCAAAGCCGAAACCCGAAGAAUUGCAAGAAGAACCGCGCGGCGUUUACUAUAGAAAGUUAUAUGAUUAA